CCUACGGGCAGGGUUGCGCUGCUACGUCAUGGGGUUCGUGGGGUUCGUGGGGUUCGUGGCGGUGCACAGUGGCGCGGAUUGCUUUUGCCUGCGACAUGAUUGGCGACAGCGAGCCGGAAGUGCCUCGAAUGGUCGGUGCGCGCAGGUAUGCGGCACGACUCACGAUCUGUUGGGAUGUUUCGAGAGUCGAGACUUGACAUGUGCGAGUGGGAGUUGGUUAGCCACAGUAGAGAUGAUGCUCCCCAGAUGCAAAUGGCGCAUGCCCUACACAGCCACAAUUUAGAAUCCAGCGGGCGAUCUACAUACCAGGUACCUGGUAUGUACUCUACAUAGUACGGUAGUUACAUACAGAAGCCGGUCCUCUGUGGAAUCUAGAUCUCUCGAUGACUCGAUGACUCGGUGCCAAGGG